AAUACAAUCAUGGGAUAUCAGUACUAAUGGAAUUUAUGGAGACUUAUUGCAAAGUAGUUUCUGUAAUAAAGGAAGGAGUAUUCCUGGAGAACAUGGCGGAUUUAUCGUUCACGUACAUAAAUAGGGAGUGGAAAUGGGCCCGGACAGGAAGGCGGGCGGGAGAGGGGCGAUGCAGCUGCCGGUGCAUCACUAGCCCCGCGUCCCGUGCCGCGCCGCGCCGGCCCAUUGCCAAGUUCAAUGCCAAGGUCAUGCGCGCGCGAGUGCGGCUGCGCGCCGCAAUGCAGGAGCGGCCGGCGACAGGCGUCCACCUCACCGUCAGUUCCUCACCGACGACCGCGCCACACACCGCAUCGCCUGAACUACACGCGUUCCAGCGGCUCACCUAAUAAAUACCUAUUAAAGUACUAUAAUCACAGCGACGCGGUAGUCGGUAGCAGAUUAUUGCGUGAACCAAUCGAUGACGGUCGCGCUCAAAUCGCGAUGAUUUCAGGUGAACCGUUGUAAAUGGCGGUGCAAGGCGAUGCGAUGGUCACACCGCGAUAUUGUUCUCAGAUGUGACGAGCUCUGAACAUUACGAAGUUCCUCCGGCUGUGCCACGACAACUACGUGUCCACUUUACAAUCAGAACAACACGCGCAAAAGGAUUCUAAGAGUUUAUUUAGUUAAAGAAGACUACUUAAUCGAAAAUCUCAAUUUUAUUCAAGACUACGUGUGAUUGAAAUAUUAUUUUUGAACAGACAUUUCCA